GAGAUUUCUUACCUCUUCUAGACACAUACAAUACGGAUCAGCUCUUGGAAAUACAAGCAAUACUUUGAUUUCUUCCAAUUUCAUCCAUUUUGACCUCUAUUUUGACCUCUAUCUUGACGAGCUUAUUCCUGUACGGGAGGCACACCAAGGACAUUAAGAGUGCGGAUACCCGGAUUACCUACUCUGAUGGCUAUGGCUACUUAUAGAACAAUGGACUCUGUCGCUGAAGCUUGGAUGAAAUAACAUACAAUGCGUUCAUGAACGCGGUGGGCCAGUCUCACCAUCGCAGGCUUCAGGCCCCCACGUGUGCCUUACAUAGAGUUUAUCACUUACAAUAAGCGCCAAGUGAUCUGAAGGUUCCUGGCUGUAAGUACAGCAUAUCAGAAUACAAGCGAUUAAUUGUCAAACUCACGCGCCAACUUCACAAUUUCUGCCUACACACAAAGAUUGACUUAUUUGGAUGAAUGUUGUGUCGAAUCGUUCAGAAGAUAGCUUGGUCGAACCUAAUACCUCCUUAGACGAUCCAUCUAUUAUCACAUUUGUCGUAUAUCCCCUGAAAAUGUCACCGUUACCGUGGAAGGAUCACUAUGCCAAGGAUAUAGUCCCUGACAACCACGAGGAUUCGAAAUGUCCAUGUAAAGUUCACAAAUGUAGAACGUGUGCCCACAAAUAUGUCUAUCUCUCUUCAACAAUUGGGCGCAUCGUUCUCAAUGCGCUGGAGAAUUGAGUAAUCUUUGAAGUUGGUUCUUCGUCACAUUUGACCCAAAUGGAUCUUACAAGUUGUUUUUGACUUCAAAUUUAGAUUUAAGCUUUAUGCCAAAUAUUAUUGCUCAGGAGUCUCGAGUAUCAGGUUGAGAUGGCGCAUUGUUAUAUCUUCGCAAGGCCGUGGUGAUGUUUCUUUUGAAUCUUGUUGCGUCCUUCUUUUUCCAGCCCACAUUCUUUUAGUUAACAUUUGAAGCUUUUUAUGAUGUCUCUGAGACUUGUAUCAUCAUUAUGCGCGGUUAUACCGCUUCUCAAUCUUGGUCAGGCUGCUGUUAUUUAUUCAAACUCAACCACUUCCGCAACCCCGGCAUCUACAGUAUCAGGAUCUAUUCCUUCUACAAUCACUUCUUCCGCUGCUCUUUCGUAUGCAAAUGUUCAAUCAACUACACAGUUUUUUCCCAUUACUCCUGGGCCAUACUGGGGAAACCAAUCCAUUCCAAUCAAUACUUGCACUGAAUGGAAUCUUGGGGGAAUAACUCCGCAACUGAUCUGGACACCAUGUCAUAUAUUCGCCGGAACAGUUCAAUUUUCAUACUUUCCUCAAGCAAGUGGAAAUACUACCUACCCCUCUACGUAUUACAACGAAGCUAUAGGUAUUACAAUGACUUCCCCAUCAAUGUACAUGGUCAUCAAUACCCUCAGUGGAUAUAACAGUUGUGGUCAAGUUGGCCCAACAAUGAGCAAUGUAGUCAUUUCGCUGGAUCCUAGUGAUGUUUCAACAAUUGCCCUCUACACGGCUUCUGAUCAACAAGUCAAUACCACGCCAGCUGCGCUCCUCACAUUGAACGAUAUUAUUUCAGGAUGUUCAACAGUCACAAUGACAGAAGCUUCGACUAACGGUGCUAUCCAAAAUCCGCAUGCUAUGGCGAAUGAUUAUAAUAGAUGCUUUCCAGCAUUGGCUAUUCCUACAGCCCAAAUUGAAUCACUUGGAUUGCCAUAUUACAGGCAUUGUGGUCAAGAUAAUGCACGAUUUGGUCUUUUUGAUCCACCAGGAGCUGUACCACCUGUCAAUGGUCUUCUUCCUGUUACAUCAGCAACCUCAGCAACUUCAACUUCAAUUCCAGCAAGUACCGCUCAAUCGCCAUCACCAAAUCAACCAUCAAAAACAUCCACUGUGAACUCUUCUUCUAGUACAUCUACUUCUGCUGUUCAAGUCCCAAAAUCUAGUUCAGUACCUUCAGAUACUAGUGUUCCAAGCUUAGAUGCAUCGUCAUCUAAUGUACUCUCAACUUCUGUUCUAGCCAUACCAGAUCCAACCACCACUGUUAAUUCACCGCAGCCCGUGUCAUCAUCACCUAUAAUUUCAGCCAACACACCGAUUCCAAUUGCAACAAUUGCUUCUUCAGUCAUUUCCGUAAUUCCUGGCGAUUCAAUGGUAGUUGUGGGAGGCCAAACUGCCUCUUUAGGUGGAGCUCCUAUAACCAUUUCUUCUUCUAUUGUUCAGCUCACGCCAUCUGGUCUGAUCAUUGCAAAUGAAAACGAAGAGCCGUCCCACUCAAGUAUUUACAUAAUUCCAACCACCGCGGCCGUCGUGUCAGCGGCAUCGCCAAGCAAAAUCGUCACUCUCGCUGGUGGAGAAAUUAUCUCGGCAAUUCCAGAUGCAUCGACUUUAAUUGUGGCCGGUCAAACCAUAACUCUUGGCGAGCCAGCAAUAACACUCUCGGGCUCCAAUUCCAUUGUUAGUCUCGGGUCGCCAGGUCUUGUAAUCCAAGAAUCUGAUGGAGUAUCAACCUACAGCAUUCCAACUGCCGCACCCGUACCUACAGCUGCGUCGAGCGCAAUCGCUACUCUUGCAGGAGGAGAAGUUGUUUCUACAGGAGCUGAUCCGUCAAGUGUAAUCCUGGGGUCCCAAACCCUCGUUCUCAAUGGCCCCGUGAUAACACUCUCCAAUUCAGCUGUUGCAACCCUCGGUGCUGCGGGUCUAAUCGUGCAAUAUGCUGGAGGCAUUGUAUCCACCAUUCCUCUUCCUACCACAACUUCUCUACCAAUUCAUUUAGCAAACCCAGAAACUUCCAUCACCGAAGUCCGAACUAGCGAAAUAGUGAUUUAUAGUUCCGGAAAGCCUGUAUCAACAUAUUACAGUACUUUGACUGAUACCACUUCCGUCACCGAAAUUCGAACUAGCGAAAUAAUAGUAUAUGGUUCCGGCAAGCCGGUGUCUACAUUCUACAGCACCUACACAAAUUCAAAGAAUCGAGUUAUCAGUAGCAGUAGUACUACUAGCCCUGUGGGCGAGCCUGAUAUUGUAGCCAUUGAAACUGGAAGUGGAGACACGAGCUCGACUUCCACUAAAAGUGCGGAUGCAUUCGCCAUUACCAAUAUUGUCUUCAAUGGGGGUGUUGAUAGAUCGAAGAGGGGGUUGGUUAAUAGAUUAAGUUUUGUGGCAUUACUGGGUGUAUGGGGAUUGAUGGAUGCUUUAUGAGGGCGGUAGAAGAAUGGAAUGCGAUAAGAUAGGAUGUUGAUGACUUUGGGAAUGAUAUAUUUUAAUGAUUUCCCACCUAUGGUUGUGGGAAGAUUUCAAUUCUUGUAGCUCACUGCUAUACUAUUUUAAUCCAUGGUUUACCAUCCUGCAUGACAUCAAAAAGCCGAUGACUCAGUGAGCACUAGUGGAUGCAUGAACUGACGGGACACUUCUCAACUUUCGAAAGUUUUAGUUAUUUCAUUCUUCGAUUGUUUGAUAUCAUAAUCUAUCUUUUCA